GUGUGUGUGUGUGUGUGACAGGCAGCAGCAGAGCAGUGGAGGCUUUAGCUGUGUGUGAACUUCACCAGUGAGGGAUGCAGCUCUCCAUGUAGAGGAGCAUUUCUUUGUUGAGACAAUACAUCUUUUAGAGAACAUAAAACAUACUUAAAAUAAGUGGUUUUACAGAUUGCAGGACUCCCUCUUUUUUUUUUCUUUUUUUUUCUCCCCACUUUGGAAUCUUGUUCCAGCCUCAGCCAAAACUCCACACCUCACUUCAGGCUUCUGUUGGAUCCCGACGAGGAGGAUGGAGACGAGUCCCAUCCCUGUGGUGACGGUCCAAACCGCCCCCUUCGACGACCAGCGGCCCGGCACCAACGGGCUACGGCGGAAGACUGCGGUUUUCGAGGGCAAGAAGAACUACCUGCAGAACUACAUCCAGAGCCUCCUGUCCUCCAUCGACCUGCGGGACCGACAGGGCUGCACCAUGGUGGUGGGCAGCGACGGCCGCUACUUCAGCCGAGCUGCCACCGAGGUCAUCGUGCAGAUGGCAGCAGCCAACGGGAUUGGUCGUCUCGUAAUCGGCCACAACGGUCUCCUGUCCACCCCAGCUGUUUCCUGCAUCAUCAGGAAGAUCAAGGCCAUUGGUGGCAUCAUCCUCACGGCGAGUCACAACCCAGGAGGCCCCGGCGGAGACUUUGGAAUCAAGUUCAACGUGGCAAACGGGGGGCCGUCUCCGGAUACAGUGAUGGAGAAGAUCCACCAGGUGAGUCGAACACUCGAGGAGUAUGCCAUCUGCCCCGAUCUCCGCAUUGACCUCUCCAGGCUGGGAAGACAAGAAUUUGACCUGGAGAACAAGUUCAAACCUUUCAGAGUGGAGAUUGUCGACUCAGUUGAGGUCUACCUACAGCUGCUGCGGAAUAUCUUUGACUUCAGCGCCAUUAAAAGUCUCCUGACAGGACCAGAUCAAGUAAAGAUACACAUAGAUGCAAUGAAUGGAGUGAUGGGCCCCUAUGUACGUAGGAUCCUGUGUGAUGAGUUGGGGGCCCCAGCUAACUCCGCGGUGAACUGUGUUCCUCUGGAGGACUUCGGGGGCUGCCCUCCAGAGCCCAGCCUGACUUAUGCCACCGCUCUGGUCGAGGCCAUGAAAGGAGGCGAAUUUGGCUUUGGAGCUGCAUUUGAUGCAGAUGGGGACCGGUACAUGAUCCUCGGAGGAAACGGCUUCUUCGUGAACCCAUCUGACUCAGUGGCCAUCAUGGCCGCCAACCUCUCCGCCAUCCCCUACUUUAGACAGCAUGGCGCCAGAGGCUUUGCCAGGAGUAUGGCCACCAGCACCGCCCUUGACAGAGUCGCCAAAGCCAUGAAACUGGCACUUUACGAAACGCCAACGGGUUGGAGAUACUUUGGAAACCUGAUGGAUUCUGGCCGUUGUUCCCUUUGUGGGGAGGAGAGCUUUGGGACAGGUUCAGAUCACAUUCGUGAGAAAGAUGGUCUGUGGUCAGUGCUGGUGUGGUUGUCCAUCAUGGCAGCGAAGAAGCAGGGCGUGGAGCAGAUUGUCCGAGAGCACUGGGCCAGGCUUGGACGCAACUACUUCUGCAGGUUUGACUAUGAAGGUCUGGAUCCCCGCGGAGCUUUUUACCUGAUGAGGGACCUGGAAGCAGUCAUUUCAGACAAAGCGUUCACCAGUCAGAAGUUUGCCGUCGGUGACCACAUAUACAGCGUUGAGAGGGCUGACAACUUUGAGUACAUCGACCCUGUGGAUGGAUCUGUGGCCCGAAACCAGGGUUUGAGGAUCAUCUUCACUGACGCGUCACGCCUGGUGUUUCGGAUGAGUGGGAGUGGGGGAGGGACAGGCGCCACCGUCCGCAUUUAUGCCGAGAGCUUUGAGAGAGACCCUGAGAGACACGACAGAGAGACACAGGUGGUGCUCGGGCCUCUGAUCGCCAUCGCACUGAAGAUCUCCAGCAUCCACGAGAGGACAGGUCGCCGUGGACCUAAUGUCAUUACAUGAGCAAGCAUGACAACACACACACACACACGUAAAUAUACAAACACUCACAUUCACAGUCAUCUACUUGUAUCACGCAGGCUAAAAUGGCUUUGUUGUUUGUUUUGUUUUUUUAAAUGUGCCUUCUCUGUAGCUUCAGUUUCAUUAUUUCUUUAAAUGUCAACUAAAGUGAGUGAGCCUAUUGUGACUGCUGCAGUUUAUUUUUAAAAACAAGAAAAUGUCAUGAGUGUUGCACAUUAUUAUCGGUUUAUUGAUCGGCUGUGUGGAACAGUGUCAGUAUCAGAAAACAAAGAAGGCUAUUUAAUUAUCUUGACGGACAAAUCAUGAAAACAAAAGAAAAACAAGUCAUCAGUGCGCAGACUGACAUUUAACGUUCUGCCUUGCUUGAAAGUCCUAAGAGAAAAUGUUUUGUUAAUCCACACUGAUGUUUUUUUUAAUCACCUCUCAUGUUGCUCGUACCUUAUACAGUCUGUCAGUGUUUGUCUUCAUUUUCAUGCAGAAAUAGAAAUGGUUUUGUGUCAAAGCUUAUUGUUUCUCUAUGAAGAAGUGGGAAAUCAUCUGCAGCCCGAGGACAGAAAUAUAAACUAAUGUCGCUUCAAAGAGGAAAAAAAAUAAAUAUUGUUAGUUUAAAACUUUGGGAAAAAUACAGUACGUAACCAUCUAAGAUAUAUUUCUUUUCCUUUUUUUAAAAAUCCAAAUAAACGUUCUGUGUGUAUA